UGUACUGUAGGCGCGACUCCUGCUCUGCCGGUGCACCUGUUGCGUUAUUGUGCCAUGACCGACGAGCUCACAUCGUGCGAUUUAACGUGGCCGUCCUCACCGGCGGUCCCGGAGGACGCUUUAGACGCCGUGAGAGCCGGCCGGAUGGAUGGUGAGCAGCCCAUUUUCACCGUGCUGAGCGGCGACGUGGAGCGGCGGCAGCCGGCGGGGGACACCGCGGUGUCGGCCUCACCGGCUGCGACCACCGCCGACACCGAAUCCGGAAUCUUCUCCGGUGAAUGCGAGCUCUGCGUGGAGCACGAGUCUGAACUGGACUGGUUCUGCGGGACCGAGCAGAAGCUCAUCUGCUCUCACUGCGCCAUCGUGGGCCCCUGCCGAGGGCACAUUGUGACCCCUCUGGCCACCAAAGUAACCGCAGUCAGGAACCAACUGGUGGAUGUGUGUGAGAAAAUACAGCUGCAGGCACUGAGGAUUGAGAGAUUUGUCGACCAGACUCUGACAGCCAAAGAACAAAAGCUUCAGACGGCGGCGAGCAGGGCGAGAGAGCAGAUACUGGCUCAGGUGAGCGCAGCACGUGAGGCCCUGGAGGAGGAGGAGCAGCGUCUCUUGGAAGAGGUGCAGAGAGAGGAGGAGCGCGUGGAGCAGUGUCUCCUCACUCAGAGAGCCCACUGGAACCAGGCUCUGGCAAGUCUGUCGCAAACACGCUCCGGCCUGGUGCACACGCUGACGCACACUCCAGACGCACAGCUGGCGACUAGUGUGCAGGAGAUAUCUGAAAGGGUGGAGGAAGCGGAGGGGGUCGGGGAGCCCUGUGACACGGACCAGCUCAACCUGAACCCAGGCUGCGGUGACAGCAAGCUGCUCAGAGGCCUGUGGGCCACUGCAGUGCUGCUGGGGCCAAACGCUUAUGGAUCACCUUGUUUAAAGUUUGACCAGCGCACAGUGAGCCCUCUCCUGUCCCUGUCCGAUGACUUCUACACUUUGACCUUCCUCCACAAAAAAGGUCGACAGUCCCUGCCCUACGACCCAGCACGGUUCGACUGUUGGCCCAACGCGCUGGGUUCACUGUCUCUGUCCUCCGGCACCCACAGCUGGGUGGUGGAGGUAGGCCAGAGUGCUGCCUUUAAGGUCGGGGUCUGCUACUCUUCCCUGAAGCGCAAAGGCAAUGGGAACGAGGCCCGGCUGGGCUACAACAGUCAGUCUUGGGUGCUGUCCCACUACGACGGGGACUACGCCUUCUGCCACGCGGGGAAGACGGUGCCCCUGCAGCUGGCGAGGAGACCCCAGAGGAUCGGCCUGCUGCUGGACUGGCCGAGUCACACGCUGUUGUUCUACGAGCCGGACUCCUGCGCCGUGCUGCACUCUGUCACACAUCACUUCAGUGCCCCGCUGCUGCCGGCGUGCGCCGUGACGGACUGCAGUAUCACCAUACUUCACUGACAGCACACACUGCCAAACAAGACACGCCCUCAGACAUGUGAAGAAAGGCCAGAGGGAGACGACUCUCUAAUGCAAAUAUGAUCAGCAGCUUCAGAUCCUCCAUCUGUCAUAUUAGAGCCUCAAUUUCUAUUUAUUCUGUUUGCUUUUCUGUUCGCUGUUAUUCUCUUUUUUAAACUAUUUUUAAUGAUUUCAUAGAUCUCUAUCUGUUGAUCAUAUUAUGUAAAACAGUGUUUUUUUUGACUGAAGAUGAUUGUAGUUGUUAUCAUCAGUAACUGGUUGAUCCAGGACUGUUAUAAAUGUUGUGUUGCUAAAGGAGACUUCCCACAGAUAAUUUUGCAUUGUUAUAUGAUCUAUAAAGAAAUUAUUAUAGCUUGGUUAAUUGUUUUUGCAAUAGAUAGUUCCAUGAAUACACAAGGUACAAUCCUGUAUUGGCCUUUGCUUUAACAGAAAGCCCACAGCUGUGUUUUAAUUUAUGUGUAUUUGGCAAUAUAAGACACACAUUACAAUACCAACUGUCUCAUAGGAAACUCAGCAGAAAGUAUAACUCAAAAACACUAAUUAUUCUUUUCAUGUAAUAGAUUGUUGUUUCCUAUUGCUAUUAGAAACAUUCUUUGAAAAAGCACAAUAGUCAGUUUUAAAGUUAAAACUGCCAAAGCAGCUCAGCUCUGUGAUGUGAAGAUCAUAAUAUAAGUCCACAAAUCCACCAGUUUUGUAACUAUCUCAGCAGACUUGUAGCAGAGUCUCUGCAGGUCUAUAACUGCUAUUGCAUUAGUAAAAGGGGGCAGCAGUUUUGAGCCCAAAUCUGACAAAGAACUAGCUUGUGGAUCUAAGUCAGAAUGUGAAGCAGGGCAGAUGUGAAGCCUCUGACUCUUCAGAGAAGUUUAGGCAGAAAACCACUAGAGAGCAGCAAAGUCAAAUCAAGCCUUCACGACCGACAGCACAAACAGGUUCCUGCAGCAGGAGACAUCAGCAAAGCAAGCGAAAAUGUAAUUCCAGGACCGUGGACAGUUACAGGUUCUAACAACAAUCAAAGACUAACACUGAGCACGUGUGGUUCCUGAUGGAGGAGUGUCUGUGCAUUUAAUUUACGCCAAAGGGAAAUAAUAUUUUGCUGUAACAUCAGUAUAAGACAGAGACUGGAUUCACAUGAUUAGGGAACUAACAAAGCAACCAGCCCAUAGAAGAAGUGCAAAGUGACCCAGGACACUAUGUUCCUCUGAUUUUGAUCUGAUGGCACAACAUGUGGGGGGAGGGUGGAGACCACAAUCAGGAAAAAGGAAGGAAUUAGCGGUGACUUCAAUGACUCAUAAAGAGUGCUAUUUUAGAUGCAGAUAACAUCCUGUUGUAGCACUUUGUACCAUUAACUAUAAAGUAAACUGCAGCCCUGCAGAAAAAUGGCAUCCUGGUUAUUUUUUCCUCUGUUAAAGAGCAUUUUAAGACAAACAUUGUCAUGGUGUGUAAGAAACAUAAUGUCACUAUUAGGAGGGAAUUGAUUUGGAAAUGCAUGGCUAUCCCAGGAUGUGGUAAUCCCAGAUACUUCUUGUUUCAGUAUUAAGUGGCAUAACAGUGUAACGGCCCAUUCACGCCCACCAUACUGUUUCAACAGAGGCACUGUUGAAACAUGUUACGAUAAAAGAUUAGAAUUUUAUGAGGCUUGGUUAAACAUGUCCUAGCUGUCCACUUAUUAACUCUAAUGGGGCCAGCUGACAAACAUGUAAAAAGUUUAUUGGCAUUCUAUUCGGCUGAACUGAAUCCCACAAGUUAGCAAGACAUUCAUAAAUACAACGAACAAUAGAAAGCUGAGAAUGAGACGAGGCGGCAGGCUUUUACCCUUUUCAUUGGAGUCAAACACAUCAUCAUUGGGAUUAAUAUCUCACAGGUAACUGUCAUAUCCACAGUGGAAGUAAUCUAGAUCUUUGUGCAUUGCGUCCAAAGCAAAAUGUGGACUAAAUGUAUGAUGUCACAGUUGGCAGAAAGGUUCAGCAAAUCGCCUUGAAAUUGUUUCUGACCAGGAAAAUGCUUUUAAAAAAUGUGUUUACUGGCUUUACGCUUUACAGAUAUGUUUAAUGCCAGUAAGAUGUUUGUGUUUUACAAAUGACAGAGCAAAAGGGACAAAAAAAUGAAUAAUUGAGAAUUAACUAGAAUUACUGCCUCACUGUUGCAUGUCUCUGCCAACCAGUCAAGUUGCACUUAUAUCCAUGUCUGUCCAGAAUUUUAUAUGUAGUGAAGACUUUUAAUAAAAGAUAUUAAGUGUACUGUUUGGCUAAAUGGAAAUUAUCACUAUAUUGACAUGUAUGAUUCCAGUGAAUAAUUUCCAGUGAGAACAUGCUGUCUUCACUUAGAGACUAUUUCUACAGAGGAGCACAGAGGACUGAUAGAGCUUCAUCACAUGGUGCAACAACAAUCACCUGAAACUCAAUAUCAGCAGAAACAAUGAACAGUUGGUCGACUACAGUUCUUCAAAUAUGGAUGUUGCUGCAAAGAUGCCACAAAUUGUAAGACAUAGAUGCUUCACACACACACCUUGAACCCGGCAGCACAGAAGAUCUAUAAAAUCAGCACAGUUUGAAGGUGGACGCCCAAGAUUAGUGUCGCCAAUUCAGAAAAUGUGAAAUA